UCUGACAAUGAUGAAACUGAUGAGAAUUGUUUAAAUGACCAGCCAUUGGGUCCACACUAUGAUGAAGUUGUUCCAAAGUCCAGAAGGACAAAAAGCAUUCUGGAAGGCCCUGACACUUUAAAUACCAAUCAUUUAUUGAUGAAAAAAGUUCCAGAUUUUUCUGAUUCCCUCUAUGAUUCAAGUGAUGACAGUACAGAGGGCCCUUCUACUCAGUCUAAGUCUGAGACGGCUUCACAAAGGUUGGAUACAUUACAAGAUUUUCCUCAAACUCUUAGUGAUUCAACUGAGAGUAAUGUGGAAGAAUUCAAUGAUGAGGAUUCCACAAAGGACCAUUCCGAUGUGCAAUCAGACAUUGAAGUUGUUCCAAAGCUGAGAAGGACAGAAAGCAUUCAGAUGAAAAAAGUUCCAGAUUUUUCUGAUGCCCUCUAUGAUUCAAGUGAUGACAGUGCAGAGGGCCCAUCUAAGUCUGAGAUGGCUUCACAAAGGCCAAGGAGAGGCUGUUACUGUCCUAUUCAAAAGAUUCUUGUAGGAUCAGAUGCCUCAAGUGUAGACAGCGAAGAAGAGUAUAUUCCAGGUCCAAUGGAGGAGAGCACAGACAGUGACUGCAGCUUGGAAAUACCCAUGACAAUUAAAAAUAUGAACGAAGUUUCUACUAGUCUUACAAGAUGCAAGUCUUCCAGUCAGAGCCAGUCUGAGUCCUCCAGUCAGAUCCAGUUUGUGUCUCCCAGUCAGAGCCAGUUUGAGUCUUCCAGUCAAAGCAGCAGCUUUGAAAAAAGCAACGGUCCUGCUGAUGAGGAUGCCCUUGAAAACCAUGAAAACAAUGCAUCCAUCUAUGUGAAUCCAGUUUUGAAGAAGGAGGAUGGUUCAAGACUCUACAACAAGAAGCAUCACUGCUUUUAUUGUAAAAAAGUAGUUCAAAAAAUGUUGAGACAUUUGUUGCGUAUGCACAAUGAUGAAAUUGAUGUCACAAAAGCGUUCAGUCUACCAAACAACUCCAAAGAAAGACGACUGCACUUAGAUUUCAUUAGAAACAAAGGAAACUUUGAACAUAACACCAAUGCUUUCGAGAGCCAGAAAGGAAAGCUCAUUCCUUUCAAACAACCAAAGAAAAAGACUGAGGGACAAGAAUUUCUACAUUGUGUGUACUGCUAUGGACUAUUUACAAAAAGAGUGCUGUGGCGACACUUUCAGGUUUGCAAAUUCAAGCCUCAGGAAAAAAAAUCUAAACCAGGUAAAACAAGGGUCCAGGCACUGUGUGCUUUUGCUGAACGCGCUCCACCUGGAUUUAGUGAUGCAUACUGGAAGUUCUUGAAUGACAUGAAUCAAGACAAGAUUGCAUUAGCUGUAAGCAAGACAGCUGCAUUCUGGAGUACGGCUACAGACUGUUCAAGAAGAACGAAAGAGUAAUCAGCCAACAUCAAUAUAUCCGACAAAAGCUGAGGGAGCUUGGCAGGCUGAUUGUGGCUGCAAAAAAAGUUGCACCAGUAAAGACUAUAAAAGAACUCAUAAAACCUGAGAAGUAUGUUCAUGUUGUAACUGCCGCAAGAUGCUUAGCUGGCUUCAGUGAUGAAACAGGCAAAUAUAAAUGUCCAUCACUGGCCAGAAAAGUUGGACACAGCUUACAUGCUUUGGCCAUGUUUGUGAAGUCAGAAGGAUUGAAGGCCAGAGAUAAAGAAAUUGUCAAAGGUGCUGAGGAAUUUGCUCAGCUCUACCAAGAAAGUUGGAAAUUUGACAUUGCAAGCCAAGCACUGAUUCAGCUCCACCAGUCUAAGUGGAAUUGUCCUCAGCUCUUACCAUUCACACAGGAUGUCCAAAGACUUCCUUCCCAGCUGUCUGAAAAACAACAGCAACACUUGGAUGCCUUGAAAGAAGAGGUUUCCCCCUCGAACUGGAAAGACCUGACAAAAGUGACCCUGGAGCAAGUAAUUCUCUUCAACCGCCGGAGAGAAGGAGAAGUAUCCAAAAUGCCCUUGUCUGUGUACUUGUCCAGAGACCAAUCAGAAACGCAUGAAGAUGUUAACUUGGCCCUUACAGAACUGGAGCAGAAGCUUUGCAAACAUUUUGUCCGGAUAACCAUAGUUGGAAAGAGAGGAAGGAAAGUUCCUGUUCUCCUCACUCCACUCAUGAGGGAAUCUCUUGAUACUCUGGUUGAGAAGCGAGAAGAAUGUGGGGUACUGACUGAAAAUGGUUUCUUGUUUGCAUUGCCUCAUUCUGUCCACCACCUCAGGGGUUCUGACUGCAUAAGACAGUUAGUGCAUGAAUGUAGUGAUAUCAAAAAUCCCAAAGCUCUAACCUCAACAAAACUCAGGAAACAAAUAGCAACGCUCUCUACUGUACUGAAUCUGAAGAACACAGAACUUGACCAGCUGGCAGAUUUCCUUGGGCAUAACAUUGAUGUACACAGAAAGCACUACCGCCUUCCAGAGGGGACCCUACAGCUCGCCAAGAUAAGCAAAGUUCUCCUGGCAUUGGAACAGGGACAGCUCGGAAAAUACAAAGGAAAGAGCCUGGAUGAAAUUCACAUUGAUCCAAACGAGACUGUUGAAAUUGAGGCCUGUUCACAAGAGGUCAUGGAAGAUGCCAGUAUGGCAGAUGUCCAGGGGUCGGAAGAUGAGACCAGCACCACAACACUACAAGAAAGCAGCUUUGCCCAAAACCAGAGGAGGAAGUUUGCGAAAAAGAGAGUUGCUAGCAUUACAGAGGCACCGGAGUCAGAAGAUGAGGACAGUGUGAUGUCACUGCCAGACAGCACCUCUGCAGCAUCUGCCCGAAACCAGAGAAGCUCUGCAAAAACUAGAGAUGCCAGGGUGGCAGAAGCCCAGGGGUCAGAAGAUGAGGCCAGCACCGCAUCACUACUAGAAAGCACCUCUACAGCGUCUGCCCAAAACCAGAGGAGGAAGUUUGAAAAAAAGAGAGGUAAACAAACUGCUGUUAAAAGAAACUGGACACCAGAAGGAUGUGCUGCAGUACAAAGACAUUUAAAGAAAUUCAUUGUGAUGAACCAAGUCCCAGGGAAGGAGGACUGCCAGCGCUGCAUCGAUGCAGAACCUCAAGCCCUGAAGAGCAGAGACUGGAGGGCAGUGAAAUACUUUAAAAAUUGAAUUUCUGCUCUGCGAAGAAAAAUAGAGUGAAAGUAUUUCAGUGAAUGAGGAAAUUAUAACAUUGUAAACUAAGCAUGCAACAGUUUUUUUUAUGCUGUUUUCUCAAAAUGACAACACUUUGGCUUACUUUAUAAUAUAACUUUCUCAUUAUGUUGUAGCUUAUUUCAUCAUGCACAUUACACUGUUGUAAUGUAAUGCGUUCAUUGUUUUGUAGUA